GGUAGCGUAGUUCCUGGGCAGCUCACACCUGCACACGCUCUUCUCACGUUAUCGCCUCGCGUUUCCGCCACACACCGCUAAUGACUUUCUCGUUAAUUGCUGUCCGCCGCCCCGGUGCACGGUGCAACGGGGUCCGUAACUUGCAUCUGGUCCGUCGUGGGCGCCGGUGGGGAGAUUGUAAUGGAGGAGGGGCGCCCGGGUCCCUCAAAAUCGGCCGGUGACAGGCGGCCCCAGCAGCAGGAGAAGAAGGACAAGCAGCAAAACAAGCAGCAGGCCUGCGAGGGUUUCAGUAUUAGAGCCAUGAUGGAAAACAGCGUGGUAAGAGGGCCCCCACCUGCAGGAUCAGUAAAACAAAGACCAGCAAAACACACAGCUUUUCGCAAGUUUUAUGAGAGAGGAGACUUUCCAAUUGCUGUUCAGCAUGAGUGUGUAGGAAACAGAAUCGCCUGGAAGGUAGACCUAGAAAACCUGGACUAUCAUUACUUUCUGCCUUUGUUCUUUGAUGGGCUUUGUGAAACAGAAUUUCCAUAUGAGUUUUUUGCUCGUCAAGGAGUCCAUGACCUCCUGGAGCAUGGUGGAAAUAAGAUUCUUCCUCUUGUUCCUCAGCUCAUUAUCCCAAUAAAAAAUGCACUAAACCUUCGUAACCGAAAGGUCCUCUGCACCACACUGAAAGUCAUCCAGCACCUGGUGGUGUCAGCUGAAAUGGUGGGGGAGGCCUUGGUGCCCUAUUAUCGGCAAAUUCUCCCAGUCCUAAGCAUCUUUAAGCACAUGAAUGGAAAACUUUUCAGGUCAGUGGGAUUCCAGCAAGGGUCAGAGGUUUGAGUCAAUUAAAGCUGCAUUUUAUCAUUACUUUUAAACAGUUAAUUUAGGUGAUGGGAUAGAAUACAGCCAGCAGAAGCGUGAAAAUAUUGGAGUUCUCAUCCAAGAGACACUGCAACUUCUUGAAUGCUACGGUGGAGAAAAUGCUUAUAUAAACAUUAAAUACAUGAUCCCCACUUAUACGUCAUGCAAAUAAACUGAGUUAUAAUAAAUGGGAUGAUUCGAUCUGUGCUCUAAAAAAA